CUACCGCUCUCUUUCAAACAGGCGCUUCACGGUUCAAAGUGUUCUCAGUCGUCUGGCACCAUGCCCACUCCCAAAGGCAGGCUUCUUUGCAGGAAGUCCACCAAAGUUGAAUAUAUGUAAUGCGGGCGGACGGGAACCCAUAUAUAUUCUAGGGACGAGGUCGGUGUCUAGUGCUCUUUCAGCUGCUUAUUACUUAUCCUCGCCGGGUGCUUCUCGUAUGAUCUUCCAAAGAAUUAUUUUUAUAAUCACACUCGCUGUAGCAAUUCUUUUGGUGUGGGUACCGCUUCUUCUGACCACUUCUGCUUAAGACGCUUAAUCCGCUGCCCGGGGAACGAUAUCACGCACAACGUCUUCGUCCUCGAGAAAAAGUUUCAGCAUAAACAGAGCUGCGAAACGAUUGGAGAGUUUUCAAAAGGCUCGACGACUUCUCCUUCAACUUGGCGUGCUCCUCUGCUCUUCUUCAGCGGGAAAGGUCUGGUUUGGGGCGCGGCUCAGCACCGCUAUGUCGUCCACAGCAAGCAGCGACAUGAAUUCAAGCUUUAGCUCGAGCUGGGGACUUACGGCCGUGUUUCUAGUAGCGACGCUGGGCUGGUUUUUGGCAAUCUACGCACGACAACGAAGAAAUUAUCCUUCCUUCCUCACGAUUUUUCCUAUCUUCGGUUCUUCGUUGCAACUGGCUAAGCACUAUGAUCACAUGCACGAUUUCCUACUCGAAAAGUUUUUGCGCAACGAGAAGCUCUACAAUUCCAAGACAUUCAGAGCGCCAAUGCCGACCUUCGACUACUACUACACAGUCGACCCCGACGUGGUGGAGCACAUUCUCAAGAACAACUUCGCGAACUAUCCAAAGGGUGACAAAUUUCACGAUAUCAUGGAAGUUCUUCUCGGAGACGGGAUAUUCAACUCGGAUGGCGAGGUGUGGAAACGGCAGAGGAAGACCGCAAGCUUUGAGUUCGCCUCCAAAAUUCUGAGGGACUUCAGCACGGUGGUGUUUAGAGACUACGCCGUCAAACUGGCGGAUAUCGUAUCGGGGUGCACGAGCAGAGGACAAAGCUUCGAUAUGCAGGACUUGUUCAUGCGGAUGACACUGGAUUCGAUUUGCAAGCUAGGAUUUGGAGUGGAGAUUGGAACGCUGUCCGCUUCCCUGCCGGAGAACAAAUUUGCGAUAGCGUUCGACAACGCCAACGCUUGGGUCACCAACAGGUUCGUCGAUCCCUUCUGGAAGGUCGGCAGCCUUCUUAAACUCGGCCGCGAGGCUCAGCUCGCAAAGAAUGCCAAGAUUGUAGACGACUUCACAUACAACGUGAUAAAGACAAGGCGCGCUGAGCUACAGGGAAAGUGCGCAGACGAAAAGAAGGCAGACAUUCUAUCUCGAUUUAUGCUGCUCAGUGACGAUCCUAAGAACCAGAUCAACGACAAGACAUUGCGCGACAUUGUGCUGAAUUUUGUAAUCGCCGGCCGCGAUACCACCGCUGUUACGCUCUCGUGGUUUGUCUACAUGCUGGCCACUCAUCCAGACUGCGGGGACAAGAUCUACGCGGAGCUUUGCAAGCUAGAGACCGAUGAGAUGUCAACGGCAGCAAUUAAAGCCAGCGAAGACACUACGGCCGGGUCUCAAAUUUCAAGCUUCGCCAAGCUCCUGACGUAUGACUCUUUGGCAAAGCUGGCCUACCUUCACGCGGCCAUCACCGAGACACUCCGGCUAUUCCCAGCCGUGCCAGAGGACAUUAAAGGCGUGCUGGCCGACGAUACGCUUCCAGACGGAAAGAAAGUGAAAGCCGGGGACCAGAUCAACUUUGUUCCGUGGUGCAUGGGACGGAUGGAGUCGCUCUGGGGAGAAGACGCUCGCGAGUACAAGCCCGAGAGAUGGCUCUCCAAGGACGGAGUCUUCCAGCCCGUCUCGCCAUUCAAAUUCACCGCAUUCCAGGCGGGUCCUCGAAUUUGCCUUGGAAAGGACAGUGCUUAUCUCCAGAUGAAGAUGACCGCCGCGACGCUCUGCCGAUUCUUCCGCUUCGAGCUCGUCCCGGGCCACCAAGUCAAGUACCGGAUGAUGGCAAUUCUCUCCAUGGCAAACGGCCUUUGCGUCACAGCGUCCGAAAGAUAGAAACCAAACAAUGCACAGAAGCUUAUAUACUUGUUUUGAGGGUUAGCUCCAAAAAAAGAAGGAAUCGGACAAUUGGCGGUGGCUGCGCGCGCCACGCGGGCUCUCCAUUUGCAUGGGGUUGUUUUAUAAAAUGGAGGGCUCGUUUGAAACGAAUCACUCGA